AUGAUGCUUUCAAGCUCGGGCGUACGUGCGUCCUGUGCGCGCUACCUGUCCAGGCAGGCGCCGUUGCGAUGCAUGGCAAUGGCAACGCCGUCGGUGCCGACCCUCAACCUGGCUAACUGCGUGGACAAGGCGCACGAAGGCAAGGCACUCAGGGAGAUCAUCAAGCUGACCCCGGGCGCCCUUCAAGGCCUCAAGGAGGGCGCGGCCGACGACAUGCUGGGAGCCCUGAAUGUGAAAACUAUCGAAGCGUUGGGGACGUGGAAGCAUUACCGCCUCGCGAAGGCCAUCUUGGUGCUGGCAGACACAGAGGUGGCCGGCAAGCGUCUUGAGGGCAGCGGCGCCAACAUCAACAGCGGCGUGGACAAGGCGUUUGAGAACUACAGCUUCCAGGAGCUGCUGGAUGCGCCGCCCUCGGCGCUGCAGGGCCUCGCCCAGUGGAGCGACACGACGCUGGCCCAGCUGCGCAUCAAGACCAUCAAGGACCUCGCGCAGUGGAAGUUCGCACGGUGGGCCGAGGCCCUCACCAUUGCGGCUGAAUUUGAGAACCCCGAGGGCGGCUCGCGGUGA